CUUUGUAGUUGGUUUGUUAGAACAAGUUUGCUUUCGUUCCGUCGGGCUGUCCCGUUUUCGCGGCAGAUUAAAAUUGUGCUAUUCAAUCGCUCUUUUUGAAGAACUAACGAAGCGCUUCUUGGCAUCAAGACGGUAUAAGUACACGCCUCCACUUCGAGUUUAAAUACGCACUCGAUAGACGGUUGUGUCAGAGUGUCAGUGUCGGUCAAACUACUCUGCAGUUACGUUUGGAAAUUGAACUCUGAACUGAGGUUUGUCUGCGUUUAACCGAUUUGGUCAACACCGAGAGGCAUUUACAGUGAUACAGGUAACACAAUCUAUAUAGUUUACAGAUACGAAACGAUUUCUUAGUCUGUUUUCAUGAUGUUAUAUCAACUUAUGUGCAAUUUUACGGUUAAACGUGGUCUGCCGGGGGUCAAACGUCCCAAAUAUACACAUAGUACAAAAUAGUGCCAAUUGAUGCAUCGUAAAUUGAUAGCGUUUUAUUCUCGUUGCAAUUUUGAAACACUGGCUUUCCCCCUGAAGAUGACGGGAAUAAACUGUUAUCAAUUUUAUUAAUGCGGUCAAUAUCGUGCAUUUGUGCAUGUGUGGUUUCAGUUUUAUUGAAAUAAUACUGUAUAGACAUCCCAUACAUAGCAUACAGAGCGGUAUAUCAGCUAGACUAUAAAGAAAUAGACAGUGUUUGCUUGAAUUUGAAUAGGGAAGCUUUCCGUGUACUGUUAUUUCAUAUAACUGAAAUUUAUAUAGCAACAUUGUGUUUACUUUAGUUGUGUAUUAAUAUGCAAGCGUUAUAUGUAGACAGUGCGGGCAAUAUUGGCCAAUAUCACACCAGCAGCUGGUUUAUAUUUGAACCUCGAAACCAAAGCAGUAGCUGAUUUAGAAAUGCAUGCUAAAAUUGGGUAAAAACAAGAAAACAUAUAUUGUUUAUUCACAAGAAUAUGUUAGAUUUUUGUUGAGAUAAAGGGAAAACAGUUGGAAGGCAAAGCAUAUAUUUACUCUUACUGUUUUCCUUCAAGAAUUUUUGCACAUGCCCGAAUUGAUUAGUAUAAGAAUGUGUUGCAAUGUCUGCAAUGUCAGUUGCAUUUUAAAAUUUAGGCUUCUCGCUUACAUUGCGAGAAAAUUUGAUUGCACAUAUUUAAUUGUAUGUUGUUUAAAUAUCCUAAACAUUGUUAAAGAAACAGCUUUUUGUAUUGUAUAGGCAGGAAAGAAAUGUAAGAUAAAAACAAUAGCAACAACGGGAGACCUUUAUAUUAUAUAGCCUUCAUAGGCGAACCGCUUGAGUCAUGCCGAGCAUUAUAUUGUUAAAUAUAUGUACACAGUUUCAUGGCAAAGCUAGCUGUUAUGAUUAUGGCUUGUCGCUUGUGAUUCGAUUAUGUUAAGCCCUCUGUUAAUAAUAAACACAUGCUGGCAGAUUUGAUAGCUCUGAGAAAAAGGACAAGCAAGGUGAACGGCUUUAAAACUAUAAACUUGUCUAAUUUACUAAGAGGAAUUGGGCUUAAGAUUAUUAAAUUACUGUAACACACGCCGACCUUCACAUUAUCAUACGGCCUGCUGUUACGUCUUUGCCACAAAUGACAGGCACACAUUAGUCAAAUGACUCAAAUAGUAUUGAUAACCUUUCAGUUAGGUUAAAUAAACGAUUUGAUAAAAUCUGGAUAAUGUCUGAUCUUUUGACAUGACCGUGAGAAUUUGAACGUACUCUAAAAAUGCUCUUUUUCGGGCGCGUAGCUUUGAUAAUUUAUUACUGAACGCGUAAAAAUUGCCAAGCGAAGCUUUCUCUAAACAGCUGUCAACCCAUUUUCGCCUUACUCUUAAGAUAGUUGACGUUGUCCAUGGACGAUGCGUAAUUAGAUUACGGCGAAAACAAAGCUAUUUUGUUAAGGUCUUUGCUUUUAUGAAGGACGGUGCACUUGAAAAACACUUCUCCCUUGCGUAAAGCGGCUUUCCGAAUUAAGUCGCACGAAAGUUGCUUUGCACGCAAAUUUUUGUCAUUUUUUCCGCCAACUGAAUGCUUUCGAAUAUUUCAUUAUUUGCCUAGUCGGUCCCAUAUAUAUUUGCCGCUAUAAGGAGGUAGAUUAUUAAAAAAAAUAUUGGCAUGUUUCCCAGAGUUUGUAUGUUGCAACUUGUAGUUUGUAUGAGAGUUGCUUUCGACCGCGCAAACACAUUCUGACAUUCACAUUCCCAUCAAAUUUGAGUUGGCUCACAUUUGAUUUUGACUGAGAGUUGAUGAUAGUUUUUGCUCGUUUCACCGAUAAUAUCCAAUCAACUCUCAUCAGCUUUCAUGCCGCAAAUGAAUUGUUCUUGUUUGACUGGGGCAUGACCGCAUGAGAGUUGAGAAAACUCCCAUGCAAACGUUCGCUUCUCAACUCUCAUCGUGCAACUCUCAUCCUCGUUUGACUUUAUUUCCCCCUGCUAUUUCAUCCUUUAUUUUUCCGCGGUGUUAUUUUCCCAUGCUGUAUUACGGUUGCGCAAUUUUCUACUCGAAAACUAGACAAGGACGCUGUUUCCUCUUUGGCCUUUGUUUUUACAAAGGUGUAUAUACUUUAUUAUAGUCGGGAUGUUUUUGUCAUGAGACCGAGUUGGCAAGAUUUUUUUAAGCUCGAGCAUUGAUACAGGACGAUAGUUAAAAAGAUGGAUAGGAAACAGCUGACGCAAUCAAUACGUGCAUGAAUACACGAAUACAACGAAUAUAGUCAAGUUUACUGCGUUUUUCUUCCCGGCAUUUUCCCUAUUUUGGUAUGUGUUUUUAUGAUUCUUGGUUCGAGCUUUAUAGUUUACCUUAGGCUUAGGCCAUUUUUAAAUUUUUACCAGUAUGGAUCAUCCACCUUUGAUAUACAACAAACACAAGGCAAACCACACUAAUUUUAGACAUAAACCCUUGAGACCAUUCCAGCCAAUAUUGUAAAGUUAGUGCAAAAUUGAGAUCCGCCACCACACCUCGCGAAAUAUCUAAUGAGUAAUUGGCCCAUCCCUUAUUGUGAUAAAGAUGUACUUUGUCUUGAUGUUUAUUUUGGGUCAAGAUUCAUCAGACCUUACGAGACUCAUGAGUCGGCGAGUUCUUUAGUUCAAGCUUUAGUUUAUAUUGGCCAAAAUUAUUACUAGGUACGGAUCAUCCGCCAAGAGACACCUUCCGUUUGACGGAUAAUCCGCCUUAAUACAAACACACUAGACAAACUACAGUAUAUAUAUCAAGAACUAGCUAGAAAGAAUACCGCAUUAGCGUGCUGGAAUACUGAUCUAAAUCGUGACUCAUCAUUUUCAGCCGGGUCAUGACUCGGCGAACACUGCGAUUUUGCAGAAAUUUUUAAUCCUUUGAAAAUGGCAGUCUUGAAAAAAUGUUUUUAGUUUUAGACUCAAGCCCCGUUUACACUACGCUCGAUUUUUGGUACCGUACCACUUUUUUGGUUCUUGGACUACCUAACCAAAAAAGUGGUACGAGUACCAAUUUUAUCCGUGCCGUACCAAAAAUUGAGCGUAGUGUGAACGGGGCUUUGGACUACCUAUUUAGAUAGUCCAAGAACCAAAAAAGUGGUACGGAACCGAAAAUUGAGCGUGGUGUAAACGCGGCUUCAGUGGCCAAGAAUAGCAGUAUAGACUUUAGCCGUAUAUAGGUAUACCAUGGACUGGGGGAGGGCCUGUCCCCCAGCCCCUGUUUUGGCCCCUCCAGUGAACCAUGUUGUCCCCCCCCCCAGUGAAGGUUCCUUCUGUCUACAAUAUAAGCAAAAAAGGGAAGAAUAACUUAGUUAAGAAGAAUAUUUUAGUAUUCCCAUGUCUAACUCUUUGUCUAACGGAUGAAAUACAUAAAAAAUUGUGUCUAAAAAUGCCGAAAAUCAAGCCCCGGACACUUAAACGUGAAUACAAAAUUUUCUGCUUCAGACAAGUUCCCACUUUUCUCGUUCACCACAUCCUAGUUGGGUCCCUUUCUCUUGAUGGCCCCCUCCACUGACAAAUUCUUAAAAGAGGCCCUGGUUUAAAUUUUACGUUUGAGGGCAAGGGCAAACGGCAGCGUCUAAUUUUCUCGGAAGCAGAAUUUUCGUCUUCGAUUCAUAUUUUCUUUCUUAUGUUAACAAAAUCAUUAUGCAUUACAGUUUUAAAAUAACAAGUUCAUCUUCUUUUUAUAUAUUGCCUUCUAACGUAAAACUUUUCUUUGUUCGACCUUUGACUUUGCAUGAAGACUAUGAGCGGGAAAUUAACUUGUCCUACAAGUUUCUAAUAAAAUAGUCCUGCGUGACUGCGGUUAAUUUUAUGGAGUUAAUUUAACUGUCAGUGGAGUUAUUUUGAAGACAAUCAUUUUUAAUUCCAAAUAUGAAGUAAAAUGUGGUUAGGAAUAACAACACUAUGUACUUUUGUAUGCAACUGCAAAAAAUGAAAAGAACUUCGACGUUUUUAGUGAAGACCGCGUUCAUUAAAAUAAGACUCGGGUCAAACGUCGCUCUUUCUUGCGCCGAACCAAAUACAUUUCGAUACGACAUAUAUAUUAGAGCGACUUUGGAGCGGUGUGAAGUCAAACGUCGAACAUAAUAUCGGUCGCUCCCAAAGUAAAUCAUGGAUUAACAUAAAUAUUUAAAAUACAUGAAAAUAAAUUACACAUAACAUACUGUAGAUUAAAAUAAUUGAUGCAUGCAUAAGGUUCGGCGCAUGAGAAGACUUUUGACACGGGCAUAUAAGCCAAUCUAUAUAAAGUCCGGAAAAUGCGGAAAUGAAUGCGCCUUUGUAUUGUGUCUGAUGUAGUGAUGUGCAGUGAUGAAUAGAUCUGAUAGAUAAAAUACCAAAUUAUAAAUAUACAAUUGCAAUGGUCAAUAAGUUACUGAACUCAUAUGAUAUUCAUCCCAAAGGCAAGUAGAUUCAUUGGAUUUUAUCUGAAGGAACGGUAAAAAUGUCCGUCGGAGUUUUCCAAUAGCACUUUUGAAACAGGCGGAAUGACCAAAGAUAUGUCUACUGAGUUUCUUGUAGAACGUGUCCGCUUAUGUCAGAUUGAAGAACAGAAUGUUCAUUGUUGUAAUCUAUUCCCUGUGUCAAAGGGUGUUUUUCCUCUAAUCAAAACAAAUUAAUUGAUCUGAAGAAACUGUAUGGAUUGAUAUCGAUUGACACAAAUAAAUUAAUCUGUCUUUUGUGAAUUGAGUGCUAAUGGUUACACGUCAUCUUUUCUACCUUUUAGAUUAACUGUGGUAUGCUUAACGUUGGGAAAAAGAUGCUUUGUGUAUACGGAUUCAAACCUAACCAUUCCACGGACUCUACGAGCGGGGAAUUAUCGUGGAACAGUGGGGAAAGUAUGUCCGACAAUCUUCUUAGCGAAAACAGAAAAAAAGUAACGGUCAGAAUUCGUUUAUUCCCCAGAGAGUCACAACCUUCUUCGAGUACACGUUGGUGGACAGUCACUCUAAAAGCCAAAAGCGUUUUCAGACGAAAUAAACACAAUGUUAAAAUCACCGAAAAUGUCGGCACAAAAACAUUUUGGACGAACGAAGGGAAAUUUUCGUUUGACGAGGAAAAUGUUAUCGUACGAGGGCAGUUGGAAGAUGACUCGGUAGCAGGGAGGUAUUUUGUGCUGCGUUUGCAACAUCCUGGCCGAGAAGAGAUGUGUUUGAGUGACGAAGUUUUGUAUGAGGGAACAUUAGCAAGGUCUAAGGACUCUUGUGGGAACGAGGACAAUUGGGAAGUCACACAUGAUGCUGUAGUAUUUCGAGAUCAGACAAUUGAGGCGUGAACGAUGGAUGGUACUCUCAAUUAACUAUUGUGCUGAUAAGAUUCAAUCGCAUUUCACAUGAUCACCCGAUCUUAAAUCAGGCUGCAUUAGCCAUUACUCAUUAGGUAGUUGGGAACGUUAGCCGUUAUUUAGCCAUUCCAGUGUAGGAGAAGUGUUCGCAAACCUUUCAUUAGAAAUUUGACUACAGCAUCUGAGUUGUUAUCAGUUAAACGCGUCAAAAAGGUGUGUUCGCAACAGACUUGUAGCAAGCUGAGCUUAUCAACAAAUUGUAACAACCCUGCUCUUUUCCACGUCUGCCAUCAUGCCAAACUCUGCACUUGUAAACCUUUUAUAAAGUCACGGUCAUCGAGCUUGUUACAAGAUACUAAUAACUUGUUACAAACGAGCAAACGUUAAUAUUUAUAGCCUUUAGUUCAUAUUUGUAUAUAAUUAUUUGCACUUUUCGUAAUUACGAACAAGAUAAAUUAUCCGUAAUUCGUAAAUGUAAGAUGUCUUAAUUGAAUAAAGAUAGUAUUUUUGAUAUUUAUUAAUAACGACCAUGGGACCGUUGUACGGUAUCCAGACCGGAAAGUGAUUGUUUCAAGCUCUUUUGAAUUCGCCGUUGAUAGACAAAUUUGGCUAACAUUAUUGCUACCCAAUUCACAAGUAUACUAGAUAAAACAUGAGCAGCCGACUUUAUCUGAUAUAUGGAUAUACGAGUUUGUAUAUCAGAUUAAGAUCGGCUGCUCAUAUUUUAUCGUGCUUAUAAAACGACCCAUCUUAUGAGUUCAUUGACAUUGGCGAAGUAAUUUUAAAAAUAAACAUUGUCUAAGCCAAGAAAAUCAAAGCCGAAGUUUAUGUAAAUGGCAGG